UGACGUUUAAUCUAGUGGACGGAACGCUUCUUCAACAUCUGCAGCCACCUCGGUAGCUCGCUAGCCAACAAAGUCGGAACAUUCAAGUUCUUUAGACCAUUUCGUGGUUUAAUUUGCCACUAUGAUUUAAACAUACUUAUGUGUAAACAACUAGCUACCCCAUUUAAUUAAUAUUUACGUUGUAAGUCAACUAGCUGGCUGGUUAAGUUAGCAUUAGUCUAGUCGCUAAUGCUAACUAGCUAUUAUCCCCGACCAUGAGUUCACUAAACUACUCUCCUCCUGCUGAAGAAGCGGUGGUCUGCUGGACGGAGAAAGAAACUCUCGUGAAAGAGGAGGAGGAAGAGGAGGCUGUUACAAUACAGAAACAAGUAGAGGGUGAGGCUGUUACCGUGAAAGACGAAGAGAACGACGUUACAAUGAAAGACGCGUUCAGAGUGAAAGAGGAGGAGGAUGAUGCCGUUUUUGGAGUAGAAGAUGAAGAAGUUUUUGGAAUAACGGAUGAAGAGGGGGAGAUUACUGUCACACUUGAGGAAGACGAAGAAGAGCAGACUGGAGAUCUGAUUAACACCAGUAAAUACAGAUUGAGACGGGACUAUCGUGGAUCCUCUGGGGAUCCUCAACAACAUCAUGAUGCUGACAAGGCAGAGAAAAGUCUCUCCAGAUCAGAACUCCUCAAGAAACACCAGCAGAGACCUACAGGGAAAAAAACUCACUGCUGCUCUGACUGUGGGAAAAUAUUCAAUUCUUCAGUUGACCUUAAAAUACAUAAAAGAAUUCACACUGGAGAGAAACCUUUUGGCUGUGAUCACUGUGGGAAGAGUUUUAUUCGUCUACAAACGCUAAAAUCACACCAGAGAAUUCACACUGGAGAGAAACCUUAUGGCUGUGAUCAAUGUGGGAAGAGUUUUACUCAGCUAAACAGCCUGAUGGUACACCAGCGGGGACAUUCAGGAGAGAAACCGUAUAGCUGUAAUCGAUGUGGGAAAAGUUUUUCUACAUCUAGCUAUCUAACUAUACACCAGAGAACACAUACAGGAGAGAAGCCAUAUAGCUGUAAUCAAUGUGGGAAGAGUUUUAUUCGUCUACAAACCCUGAAAUCACACCAGAGAAUACACACUGGAGAGAAACCUUAUAGCUGUGAUCAAUGUGGAAAGAGUUUUACUCACCUUAACAGCCUCAUAGUACACCAGCGGACACACACAGGAGAUAAAUCUUAUAGCUGUGAUCAAUGUGGAAAGAGAUUUUCUACAUCUAGUUAUUUAAAGAUACACCAAAGAACACACACAGGAGAGAAACCACAUAGCUGUAACCAAUGUGGGAAGAGUUUCACUCAGCUAAACAGCAUGAUAGUUCACCAGCGGACACACACAGGAGAGAAAGUUUUUAAAUGUGAUCAAUGUGGGAAGAGUUUUGGUACAUCUGGAUGUCUGAAGACACACCAGAGAACACACACAGGAGAGAAACCUUAUAACUGUAGUCAAUGUGGGAAGAGUUUUGGUACAUCUGGAUGUUUGACAACACACCAGAGAACACACACAGGAGAGAAACCUUAUAACUGUAGUCAAUGUGGGAAGAGUUUUACUACAUCUAGCCAGCUGACUUUACACAAGAGAACACACACUGGAGAGAAACCUUAUAUCUGUGAUCAAUGUGGGAAGAGUUUUUCACGGCCAGACAGCCUGAAUAUACACAAGCGGACACACACAGGAGAGAAACCGUAUAGCUGUAGUAAAUGUGGGAAGGGUUUUACUACAUCUUGCCAGCUUACUUUGCACCAGAGAAGACACACAGGACAGAAUCCUUAUAGCUGUACUCAAUGAGGGAAGAGUUUUACUUUGCUUAACAGCCUGGUGUCACACCAGAGAACACACACAGGAGAGAAAUAUCUUGUGAUAUCGAUGUGGGAAGAGAUAAUCUGAUAAAAGAUCUCUGACUAAACAUCAGAAAAUACAUAAAGGAGUUGUUUCAUGAUAUCAAUGAAUUAAUUUCACAAUAUAGAAUGUUUUAACAUUGUAGUAGGAGUAUUUUAAUGUC